AUGUAUACCAGCAAAGCAGAUUCAAAGGUGUACAUUUCCGUGAUUUUUCGAGCAUGUGGUGCCACACUUUCGAGUUCGUUAGUGAGCAUUUAUUCGACAUUUUCAUGCAUAUUUCUACUUGCUCUUGUAAUUUGUAGUAUUUUUGCAUGUUGCGGCGCUGAAACCGAUCGACUCCAUGGCAAGGUUAUUAUAUGCAACGAUUUUUUAGAAUCAUCGCGAAAUGAAUUUGACAUUGAACGUGUUGAUUUAAAUUUAUGCACACAUCUCAUUAUCAAAGAUUUCAGCUGGAAUACAAGAGAAGAUCCAUGGAGAUCAGAGGAUAGAGAUAAUGUUUAUGCAAAGAUUACAAGUCUACGGGAUAAGUAUCCGCAUUUGAAGGAAUUCAAGCGAAGAUUUAUGGCAAAAUAUCUUUUGCUUACUCUAACUUUUGAUACGAAUAAUGUUGAACAUACGAAAGAAAUUGUUGAUGAUUUUUACGAUCAUAAUUUAUCGAAUUAUGUUGAUUUCAUACAAAUUAAAAAUUUGAACGUGAUUGACAAUCUCAUCAAAUUAAAUGUGCAACCAGAGAAGAUUGUUUGGCAAUUAUUGCUUCAGGGCCAUGAAAAACUAUCGAACGAAAAUAUUUCGUUUAAAAUUGAAAAUUUGAAAGAUUUUAAUGAUAUCUGUUCCACUUUAUCGAUGGAUGAAUGGGAACGAUCGUAUGAUGGCAAUGAAUGUAUCGCAAAGAAAAAAUAUAUAAGUCAGAGCAUAAGUUGGAUAAUAAAAUUCGAUUGUAGCCGAUCAAUUGCAAAUAAAGUAAAAUCGGCAGUAAGACGUAAUUUGGCUGGUAUUUCAAUAACAAAUCUAAGCAAUGACGAUUUUCACGGAAAAUGCACAAAUGAACAUGACACAUUUGCCGAUUUUUAUCUUAAUGAAGAACCACCAAGACGCAAUUCCAAUGAAUUCUUUGCUUUACAGACGGUUUAUGAGGCAACUUAUUUAAGUUUUAAUGAAAUGGAUCAAAAUUCGAAAGAGAUUAAAAGACGUUUUGACAAGACAUACAUUGAAAUUGAAAGUAAUUAA